UUUUUUUUUUUUUUUUAAGGUAAAAAAGAGCAGCUUUUUUUUUAUUUUUGAGUGUCUAAAAUAACAAACCUGAACUGUUCUGUUUGAACGGUAAACCUUUUAUGUUAAUGCUACAGUUAACAUCUUUUCUGGGUAUCCCGUUUGAAAACGACGUCGCGCCUGUUUAUCUUCUACACUGACCAUUACAGCCUUUUGAAAUCUUAAGUCUUAUAUCACACUGAACUGAAGAUGAAGGACCGACUGGAACAACUAAAAGCGAAGUCGGAUCAAACUCCUGAUGAUGUGGAAAUUCCAGUGGAAAAUAAAGAAUUUAUGGAUGAGUUCUUCACUCAGAUUGAAGAAAUCCGCACCAGCAUAGACAAGAUUGAUGAAAAUGUAACUGAGAUAAAGCGACUGUAUUCUGUCAUCCUCUCUGCACCUACUUCAGAACAGAAGACACAGGAUGAAUUGGAAGCAGUUACCAAUGAGAUAAAGAAACUGGCUAACAAUGCUCGCAACAAACUCAAAAGCAUUGAGCAGAGUUUGGCAUCUAACACUGAGGAGAGGGUUUCAGCAGAUAUGCGGAUAAAGAAAUCUCAGCAUGCCAUUCUUGCUAAGAAGUUUGUAGAGGUGAUGACGAAAUACAAUGAAGCCCAAAUGGAGUUUAGAGACAAGAGCAAAGGGCGUAUCCAAAGACAGCUGGAGAUCACUGGCAAAGCCACUACUGAUGAAGAGCUGGAGGAAAUGCUGGAUGGAGGAAACGCUGCAGUAUUCACAGCAGGAAUUAUGGACUCUGGGAUAUCAAAACAGGCACUAAGUGAGAUUGAGGCACGACACAAAGAUAUUAUGCGACUGGAGAGCAGCAUAAAAGAGUUGCAUGACAUGUUUGUGGACAUUGCAAUGCUGGUGGAGAAUCAGGGAAGCAUGAUUGACAGGAUUGAGAGCAACAUGGACCAGUCGGUGGGUUUUGUGGAAAGAGCUGUGGCUGACACUAAAAAGGCUGCCAAGUUCCAACAAGAAGCACGCAGGAAGAAAAUGAUGAUCAUGCUCUGUUGCACAAUUCUUGCGGUCAUCGGUGGUUCUCUGGUGUACAGCUGGCUGACAUAAACAUCAAGAUAAAAAGGUUGUCUAUUCCUCCAAGUCGUGUCUCUAUCAAAAAUCAAGAGAAGCAUCUUAGUGCCGACGAACCCAAAGCAUCCCUACACACGCAACAUGUUUUCCAGUGCUUGUUCAUCUCAUUUUCCCAUUAAUUUGUCUUUUACAUUCUCUCUGUCUUAUCAGUUGGCCUUGCAUUGUUAGAGGCAUCACGGUAAAAUGUGAUGCGCAAGCUGUCUGUUUAUUUUAGGGCUGUGGUAUGAAAUAUUGCUUUUAUUUAUUUAUUUUCUGGGAGCUUAUGAUACAUCUUAUAUAUGAUGAUGAUGAUGAAAGAUACAUAAGAGGCAAAGUUUUGUUUAUGAGGCCUCAUUUUUUGUAACUGACAAGCGAACCAUUAUACACUACCAGUGACAAAUAUUUUGCUCUUAUUGGAGAAAACUAUUUAUUUCUUAAAAAUUUAAAUCACGUUUUAACCUUUUUUAGGACUAGUCAAAUCUAUUUUAAGUUUUUUCAGUGAAGAUGAACAUGGUUAUGUCUUUACUGACCAUUUACUUAUUUAGUGUAGAUGAGUAACAUUGAUUUAUUUCUUAUGCGUAGCUGGUAUUUUCUCUUAUGUACGUUACGUAAUGACAGUAGAACUGUAUUGUGGAGAUAUGUAAGUUUAUACAGUAGUCUGACUUGAGUUGUUUAGGCUGAGUAAUUGUGAUUAAAAG